GCCGCGACCGGUGCCGAGCCGCCACCCCCACGGAGACGGAGUCAGCGCCCACGCCCUCGACAUGCAGUACAACAUUUUCCAGGUGAUGGACGAGCAGGGAGUGAAGAAACACAAGGGUGGCUGCCACUGUGGUCAGGUCCGGUUUGAGGUCAUCGCGCCGUCUCAGGUCACCGCUGUCGAGUGCAGCUGUGGUACCUGCACCAAGCGGCAGAGCCGUUACUUCGCCGUGUCCACCGACCAGUUCCGGCUGCUGAAAGGCCACGGCCAGCUCAGCACGUUCGGUCCCCUGCACGCCAAGCACCCUUUCUGCACCACAUGCGGCGUGCAGAGCUUCUUCAUCCCCAGCGCCGGCCAGGACGACUUUGUCGGUGUUAUGCCGCACUGCCUUGACCCCGGAACAAUGAAAAAAGUGAAGACAGAGAAGCGAAGCUCAAAGAAAUCAGCUUUGUCGAGAGGGUCUUCGAAAUGAAGCAAGGAAGGAGGCGGAGGAGAGCCAGCAAAGCUGUUGUCUGCUGUUCCUUCCCCAUUUUGUCAUGGUUAGAGCUCUCUAUGCAAAGUCAUGCAAGCGCACCCACAAUACCUUCGGUCUUUUUUUUAAUAUAAUUUAACUUAUGAU